AUAGAAAAAAGAAUCCAGAAUAUUCUUGACCCACAUUUUAAGGUUAGAACAUGAAACUUCAAACACGCCUUGGUUUUCAUUGUACCUAAGCUAAAUGAGAUGGACAGAGGUGAGGAAAGAAAGGAAGCCAGGUGGUGAGGUCCGAUGCAUCAAUCAGUUCCUCUUCUAGAGUCCCUCAUGCUCAGACAGGUGGGGAUGGUACACAGGCUCCUGUCAAUCUAACAUUUAAGGGUAUAGGUAUUUGGGGAAUCUGCCUAUCUUUUAAAAACAUUUUUAGAGGAAAAACUCAAUAUUUUACUCCAUGAUAAGUGUCACGGAAUGUUGUGAAUUGGAAAUCUCAUUGGCUUCACAGUCUCGGGCAUUUUUGACUCCUGUUAGAGCCUCUUGACAUCACGGUGGCCUUGUUGGCUGGAACUUAAACAGCUUCUGAUAUUUACCUUGAGACCAUAUGAGAGAAAAAACAAGAAUCAAGUUGACUCCCCAGAUUGCUGUAACUACAGAGUAGUAGCUGGUUUCUGUACCUUUCUGUAACAUUGCUAUGACCCAGACAUCCCACAAACUCAAGGGACCACUAUCUGUCCGAUCAAAACAUCUUGAUAUGAGUUCUCAUUUCCUGUGUAACCUUACACAUCUUGUGACUCUCCCUAGACCUGAAGGACUCCGGAAAAGGCACUGCAGGCAGAAUAGUGAUCUAAAGAAGCAGUGUGGAGAAUGACUCUCGUGUCCUGCAUUCCCAUUGAGGCCUCUUUUCUCACUGUUUUGCAGGAUCCUACUGGCUGGAAACUGGCUGAUAUCUUCACCAGCUCACUGAAGCUUGGGCCUGGGGCUUCAGAGGGAGAUAUAUCACCUAGGUCCCCAUAGGUUAAUUCUCCAUGCAGAAUGAAGACAUUUAGAUGUUGCUGUAAACACACACUCCAGCAGAAGAUCUUUGUCCUCUUCCUAACCCUGUGGCUGCUCUCCUUGUUAAAGCUUCUAAACGUGGACCGGCUCCUCUUCCCUCAAAGAGACAUUUACUUAGUUGAGUAUUCCCUAAGUACCUCCCCUUUCGUGAGAAACAGGUUCCCGCCUAUCAAGGAUGAAGUCAGAUAUGAAGUUAACUGCUCAGGGAUCUAUGAACAGGAGCCUUUGGAAAUCGGCAAAAGCCUGGAAAUCAGAAGGCAGAACAUCAUAGACUUGGAGGACGGCGAUGUUGUGGCCAUGACAAGUGACUGUGAUAUUUAUCAGACCCUAAGACAGUACCAUGAGAAACUUGUUUCGAGAGAGGAGAAGAGCUUCCCAAUAGCCUAUUCACUGGUCGUCCACAAAGACGCGAUUAUGGUUGAAAGGCUAAUUCAUGCAAUUUACAACCAGUACAAUCUUUACUGCAUCCAUUAUGACCUUAAGUCACCGAACGAGUUCAAAGUUGCCAUGAACAACUUAGCCAAGUGCUUCUCCAAUAUUUUCAUCGCUUCCAAAUUGGAAGCUGUGGAGUAUGCCCACAUUUCCAGGCUCCAGGCUGAUUUGAAUUGCCUCUCAGACCUUCUCAAGUCUUCAGUUCAGUGGAAAUAUGUCAUCAACCUAUGCGGGCAAGACUUUCCCCUGAAGUCAAAUUUCGAAUUAGUGUCAGAGCUGAAGAAACUCCAAGGACAGAAUAUGUUAGAGACAGUGAAACCUCCUGCAAGUAAAAUGGAAAGGUUUACUUAUCAUCAUGAGCUCAGACCGGUGCCUUAUGAAUAUCUGAAGCUUCCAGUGAGGACAAACAUCUCCAAGGAGGCGCCUCCUCAUAACAUUGAGGUAUUUGUAGGCAGUGCCUAUUUUGUUUUAAGCCACGCAUUUGUUAGAUAUAUUUUCAACAGCUCCCUCGUUGAAGACUUUUUUGCUUGGUCUAAAGAUACAUACUCUCCCGAUGAGCACUUUUGGGCUACCUUAACCCGGGUUCCAGGAAUACCUGGAGAAAUUUCCAGAUCAGCCCAGGAUGUGUCUGACCUACAGAGUAAGACCCGUCUGGUCAAGUGGAAUUACUACGAAGGCUAUUUUUACCCCAAUUGCACAGGCUCACACCUUCGGAGUGUGUGUAUCUAUGGCGCAGCGGAAUUACGGUGGCUUAUAAAGGAAGGGCAUUGGUUUGCUAACAAAUUUGAUUCUAAAGUGGACCCUGUCUUGGUUAAAUGUCUAGCAGAAAAGCUUGAAGAACAACAGAGAAAAUCGAUCACUUUGUCUUCAGAAAAGUUCGUGACAGAUAGAAAUCCCAGUCAUACGUUAUCAUAAGGCUACUAGGGAACUAGGGGUGUCUGAUACUUAAGUAAGACGGAAUUGUGGACCCGGGUCUUGCCCAGCACCAUCUGAACUUAAUACUUUCCAAGGUUGAACUUUCUGUAGAAUUCCAUGCCUGGACUUUGAGUCUGCAGUUGGUUUUUAAAUGCUGGUUUUGCUUGUUGUCUUACUAUGUCUUAAAUGUUUAGUGAUAGCACAUUAUCGAGCACCUAAUGGUGCACCAGGCACUUUAUCAAAAGACAUGCAAGAACUGAAUCUAAGUUGUAAUGAAGCACGCCCUCAGGAAGCAGUGUUUACCCUCCUCAUGUUCAACUGUAGUGUUUUCGAGUGUCCAGUGUCACAGGGACAUUGAAGAUGACCUUGGAGUGUGUGCUAAUCACAAGCCACUAGUCUCUGAAAGGGUGUGAGUUCGAGCCAGCACUCUACCUGUUUCUUAGUCCGGCAACCGAGAUGCUUUUGAACUGUUAGACUAUUAGGAUUCUACUACCUCAGAGAAACUCCAAGAAUUGUCUGAUCGUCUGCUUGCCAAAGUAUAAUUUACCUUUUGGUGCCUCAGGAAAUGCUAUUGGUGUGAUGACUGUCCGAGAAGGCAGAUGGGCGGCUGGUAGGUGGGUUGGGACAAGUAGUGCCCGAAGAGGAACAAGGGGCUUUUUGAUUCAUCUUCUGCAUUUGUUACACAAUGGUGUCAUGAACGGCUUCCUUUUUAAUUCACUUGUUCUUGAAAACACACGCACUGAUGAAAAUAAAACUGAGUACUAGUUCAGAAAGUCACACAGCAGAACCCCAGGCCUAAGCCUUUCAUUUUAUAUGUGAACAUUAUGGAUGAGACUGUCCUUCCUACAGGGGCACACUUGUGAUGAGGUUGAUAGUUCUGUUUUAUGUUGUUUUGGUGGUGGUGGUGGGUUUUUUGUUUGUUUUG